AAUGUAGAAAAUGCGGGAAUCCUGAGGUCGUCUCUGUGCAUUUGUGUAAGCAUGGGUUUAUGAAUAACUAUUAUACAUGGUAUGUUCAUGGGGAGACAUCUAGUAAUACAGUAAGAAACUUUGAAGGGGAAUCUUCUAAUAUGGAGUUUGUUAGAAAUGAGGUAAAUGCAUUAUACCAUGAAAUGGUAGUUGAUGCAAUGGGUGCACAGUUACAAUGAUGGGCCAAUGGCUGAGGAGCCAAAUAGUAAGGCAAGAGAAUUUUAUGAUCUCUUGCAUGCUGCAGAAGUCCAUAUAGGUGCUGGGGGACAGGAUGUUACAGUACUUUCAUGGAUGGCAGAAAUGCUAAAUAUGAAAACUCUUUAUAAUAUGAGUGCUGCUAAUUGUCAAAUGGCAUUGUCAUUGAGUCGAAAGUUGUUGAGUCCAGAGGACCAAGAAAAGGUGCCAAAGGAUUUCUAUAGUGCAAAAAAAAUGAUAAAUGUGCUUGGACUUGGGUACAAGAAAAUUGAUAUUUGUGUCAAUGAUUGUUUCUUGUACUAUGAUCAUCAAAGUAAGAAUUUAACUGCUUGUCCAGUAUGUGGAGAAUCUCGUUAUGAGGCAAGGAAUAUGUUUGCUAUAAGGCAAGGAAUAUGUUUGCUAUAAGGCAGAAAGAUGUUCCAAGGAAAUCUUUGUGGUACCUUCCAAUUACCCCAAGAUUGUAGCGACUAUACAUGUCUAGAAAAACAGCAGAACACAUGACAUGGCAUUUGAAAUGCCGUGACGAUGCGGAUGAAGUUAUUCAUCCUGCGGGUAGUGAGGCAUGGAAACACUUUGAUGAAACCCACCCAACAUUUGCUGAUGAACCUAGAAAUGUUAGACUUGGCCUUUGUACAGAUGGUUUCAAUCCAUUUGGUUGCUCUGCAACGCCUUAUUCUUGUUGGCCUGUUUUUCUUACAGUGUACAACCUUCCUCCUAAAUUGUGUAUGAAGUCAGAGCAUAUAUUUCUUUCCAUGAUAAUUGCUGGACCUAAAAGUCCAGGAAAAAACAUUGAUGUCAUGC